AUGAAGAAAUAUACGGCUAGUAAGAGUACUAAAAUGCUGUUCCUUUGCUGCGAACUGCUUCUAUUUAUUUGUUUCAUCUGUGUGUUACAAAAUGUUAAUCAUGGCAUACAUUAUAACCCUAGGACCUGUCCACAAAAUGACAAAUCCAGGAACAAUUUAAUAAACAGCAGACAAUUAGCUUUACUACAUGGACCUGGCUUUCAUGACCACUGUAGCGAGACCAUUGUGGAAACUCCUAGAUCAACAAAUCCCAAUUCCAUUAAUACAUAUGUACGUAAUGAAGGAGGACACGAUUGGCCAUUUGAUCGAACCAGGUUAAAUAGAAUACACCAUCACACAGACUCGUAUUACUCACCAUUCACAUCAUCAUCGUACACCAAUUGUUUCACCAGUGCACCCGGCAGUACCGGUUGUACCGACAGUACCGCCCGUGCCGACCGUACCGGGAGUAUCGGUUGUACCGACAGCACCGGGAGUAUCGGUUGUACCGACAGCACCGGGAGUACCGACAGUACCAGCUGUACCGGGAGUACCGACAGUACCAGCUGUACCGGGAGUACCGGGAGUACCAGGAGUACCGGUAGUACCGACCGUACCAGCCGUGCCGACAGUAGGGACAGUAGUUGA